AUGAAGCUCAUCGAAUACCCCAAUGAGAUCCUCAGCCGCAUCAUCUCGUUCCUGGACACGCCCAGCCCAUUUGAUGAUGAAAUCCUACAGAAGCCCAAAUCAGCCCUGACUCCCUUCGAGUCCGAGGCGGGCAUCGAGUUGACCACUAUCAAAGCAUCUGCCCUGAAGAACUUGACCCUGACAUGUCGCUUCCUCCGUGCCCUGACCCUCCCCGUCCUCUUCAAGCACGCCGUGCUCCAUCCCCUCCUGCUCAGCGACUUUCUCUCUUUUCUCAAGAGCCAUGACCUGUCUCAGCAUGUCGUCAGCGUCGUCGCCCAUGUUCCGGGCCAUUACAACCACGUCCACCCGGCCUGGUGGGCGCGCUUGCUCAACGAAGUUCCCGCAACCCGCCUCAGCAUCAUUGCCGCCCCCGAGGUGUUCGCCGAAUUGGCCAGGAUAUCCCUAUGGAGCAGUGAUGCCUGGGCCUUUGACAUGGCGUUCCAGAUCCUGCAGCUCGACCAGUCGCCCGAGGCCGCCCGGAUGAGGAUCGACUACGACGACCUUCCCAAUUUUCUAGUUGCGCGACCCUGGCAGAACAUGGUUGUCAACGAGGGCUCCAGCCUCCUGGCGUACACGACCUACGAAUUCUUUCUGCGGCGGACCCCGUCCCUCCUGACGGCGCUGCACUUGAAUUCUUCGGGGCCCGGGGACGCCCUAUUCGCGAACCUGUUGAGUUUCGACUUCGUGGCCAUCUUUCCCUUUUACAACCAUGUGGACGAAGUGCUGAAGUGCGUGCGCAAGAUGAGGCGGCUGCGGCGCCUGUUCGUCAAGCUGUGCCCGGAACCAGAGAGCACGUGGUUCCGCGACGAGAUCGAGGCUGCCGGCGGGGCGCUGGACAUCCACGACCCGUGGAACGAGUGCGAGACGUCGUGGACGCUGAUCGCGCACAGUGUGGUCUUCUUGACCACGGCCCACGGCCAGCUUUGCGAGUUGCAGAUGGACGACGUCAAGGUGGAGGCCAUGCGCCCGACAUUGGAGCAGGGCAUUGGCUCCCUUUUGAAGGAGCGGUGGUGCUAUGAGGAUCCGGCAUCGGGCAUCUGGCGGCGGCGGCGGGUAGAGCAGGGUUCUCCGGGACAGGGGUAG